AUGCGGCGAGCGCAAGCUCGAGACCUCCUGCGUCACCGGAGUAUUAUUGAGCCAGGAAUCCACGUUGAGCCGAGCUCACCACCACCCAUCUCCAAUCCUCGCCAUUCAUUUCCCGCUCCACCUCGUUUUCCAGCCCUCGCAUCUUCCCGCCUCGCUCCCAAAAAACAGAGCUCCGCCAUCUCACAGAUCCCAGCAGUCGAAGACACCACAGAGUACGAUCCCAACGGAACCAUGCACACCCUCGACCGAGCACCGCGCCCUUGUUACCAUCAAGUGCAAACACCCAGCAUCCAUUGUGAAGGAGACUGGAUGCACCACAGCCUCCACUCACUCCCUACCGCCGCGGUCUCCAAGCACAAAGACACAAGUGUCAUCGCACAGAUGGAAAUCCUCCUCUUGCUGCCAUCCGGUUUCUACAACUCUUCAGACACCACAUGCACGCUCUUCUUCGACGGGGCCAUGGGCGUCGUUGGCGAUGCCGCGUUCCUCGAGGAGGUCCUCACGCGCAGCAUCCUGCAGUCUGAGUCACCGCUUCGAGCGCAGAGCGUUCCGGGUGUGGGGCUGCUACCUGAGAUCUCCGAGUAA